CUUGGUUCCUUGUUACGUGUCGAGAUGAUCACCACCAUAUUAUUAGUAUUUGGAGUAUAAGUAUAAGGUUAUGAAUCAUCGACUGAGAUGGUUGGGCCACGUAUUACGUAUGCCUGAACACCGAUUACCACGACGUGCAAUGCUAACCGGUGUAGGGGUUGGUUGGAAGAAAGUUAGGGGCGGCCAAACCAAAACGUGGCAUCAGUGCUUGAAGUCACUAACUUCUAGUCUUAGCCAUGUUGGUAGAUGCAGACUACUUGGUUGGGGUCCGCGUGACUUUCGUAACCAAUGGUUGGAGACUCUUGGUGACAUGGCUCAGAAUCGAUCACAAUGGCGUCGGUGUAUACACUCUUUGUCUUCCCUUAAACUAAGAGAUUAAAAUCACUUCAUAUCUUUCUUUCUACGAACUAAUUCUUCCUUCCUAUACUAUAUCCUUAUUGCAACCUUUGACCUAACCACUCCUAUGAAUCCGGUGUUCAUCUUGUUGUGCUAAUGAGGUAUGGCAACCUGGACCGAUGCACAUAUGUGCCUGGUCCUACGUUGUAGCUGACUGACUGACUGGAGUAUAAGUGUGCUGAAGAUGGUACGCGGUGUUUUAUUUCUAACUUGGAAAAACUGACUUACUCUAGGUUAAUAUUAUUCUAACUUAGUUUUCGGUUUUGCUGACUUCGGAUGUAGUACGAAUAUGCUAGCAGUGUGGCUUAUUGAUUCGCAUUUUUUAGACUAAUUCCAUCUGCAUUGACGCUAAACAUAGUUAUUUGAUUUUCGAUGAAUCCAGUUGAGAUUGAAAAAUUUAGACUGAAAGACACUAAUCCUGAUAGCACAAGAUACUUUUCAUUCUAUAAUACUGUCAACAUUUGAACUCAACCGAAGACUUUUAUUGUCAUUUUAUGACUACCGGUUCAAUAUAAUUUUUCGACGACUAAAAUGUAGAACAAGUUAAG